AGACGGGAGGUGGUGCUUCGUUUCCGGGAGUGUAGCCUCCGGCAUGCGAGAGUCUCGCUCGCACGCAUGUUCGGACGCACGCUCACCGCCACCAAAAUCAUGCCCGAGAUCCCCCGUCCUGAUAAGAAGCCGAAGCUCUUAUUUCUGGAUGGGGGUUUCUGACGUGCAGCAGCGCAGCCGAAGCUGACCUGGCCAGCAUGGCAUGGCAUUGGCAAGAGCCGGCGCAUUGUUUGUACGCACAGAGUUACACAUAACAGAAUUUCUCAGAUACGACGUACCUUGGAUGGAGUGUGCCCCCUUGGCGGGCAGGGAUAGAAUCCCAAGAUUAUCCGCCUCAGUAAAGAAUGGUCAAUGGCAGAAUUAGAGUGCCGCUCUCUCGCUUCGACCGCGCGGCUAUCUGCCAGUCGGUGGCGAGUCUGGACUGGGGUUGCGCGUGUUGGGUCUCGGCAGCUGCAACGACGGCAAGGUAGGCGAUGGGGCGGACGACGGGAUAGGGAUGUACGGUACAGUACAAUCGGGAUUCCUUAUUGCGCGGUUGGCACUGGCCGGGCGGCGAAGCAGUGGUGGUGGAGGGGUUGCCACCCAAACCAAAGCGAAAUGCGACGCGAUAAGAUCCCGAGGGCGAGCAGCGGGAAUCUGGGACCCAGGGGCGAGACAAAGGGCCGAUCGGAAAUAUGGUCUGUCUUUGCCUCCUUUUCCCUCUUAGAAGAGUCUCUGUCAAAGGUAUCUAAGGCCUUGGGAUGCUGCGAGCGGUCGCGGUUGCUGUUGGACGCAGGUCUGGGCUCGGAGGCUGGAAUUCGCCUGCUGUUCCAAGUCAGUCAGCAAGCAUGCCGCUUUAGGAGCGCCGGCCCGCCGCCAGAGAUACGCGCGAUGCCAUCGCAAGACGGCGCGGCGAAAAGCUUAGACCUUGGUAGUCUGUCCAUAGAAGAUCCAGAUCAGCAGAAAGCCGAUCGGCCAAUGGAAGGCACUAAACCUAAGCUAUGUCGUGGAGGGGUCGAUCCUGGUGCUCGCUCGCGCAACGUCCGACCCAACAUCUCCGACCCAACAACACGUCCACGCCAACAACAGGCACUUGCAAUGCACGGCAAAAUGAGAGGGAUAGAGUCAUGCCUGUUGGCGUGAGAUCCCAGCGUGCACAGCCUUCAAACCAGCCAGCUGGUCAGGGCUGGCCUCGCCGUACCAAAGGCCCGGCGUCGCUGGGCGCGCGGGCGGAGUUCCUCUCUAUACACGUAUUGAAGCGCGAAGCUGUGGGCAGCAGGCGCACAAAA